UUUCGGUUGUAUGAACUAAACAAGGAUUCAGAGCUUCUAAUUCAUGUAUUUCCUUGUGUACCAGAACGGCCUGGCAUGCCUUGUCCAGGAGAAGAUAAGAGCUCAUUGUGCCAUCUGCACCGACCGAAUAUGGGGUCUGGGUCGCCAGGGAUAUAAAUGCAUCAAUUGCAAACUCCUCGUUCACAAGAAGUGUCACAAACUUGUCAGUAUUGAAUGUGGCCGUCAUACGCUACAACCAGAGCCAAUAAUGCCUAUGGAUCCAUCAUCAGUGCAUCCAGAUAAUGUAGAAUCAGUGAUUCCAUACAAUCCCUCGAGUCAUGAGAGCUUGGACCAUGUUGGUGAAGAAAAAGAGGCAAUGAGCAUUAGAGAAAGUGGCAAAGCUUCUUCCAGUCUGGGUCUUCAGGAUUUUGAUUUGCUCCGAGUUAUAGGAAGAGGCAGUUAUGCUAAAGUACUGCUUGUUCGACUGAAGAAAACUGAACGCAUUUAUGCAAUGAAAGUGGUGAAGAAAGAGCUCGUCAAUGAUGAUGAGGAUAUUGAUUGGGUUCAGACAGAGAAACACGUCUUUGAACAGGCUUCAAAUCAUCCCUUUCUUGUUGGACUACACUCUUGCUUCCAGACAGAAAGCAGGUUAUUCUUUGUUAUAGAAUAUGUAAAUGGAGGAGAUCUAAUGUUUCAUAUGCAGAGACAGAGAAAGCUGCCAGAGGAGCAUGCCAGGUUUUAUUCUGCUGAAAUCAGUCUAGCAUUGAACUAUUUACAUGAACGAGGGAUAAUCUACAGAGAUUUAAAACUGGAUAAUGUGCUACUGGAUUCUGAAGGGCAUAUUAAACUCACAGAUUAUGGCAUGUGCAAGGAGGGUCUGAGACCUGGUGACACAACCAGCACAUUCUGUGGGACUCCAAACUAUAUUGCACCUGAAAUUCUCCGGGGAGAGGAUUAUGGCUUCAGUGUGGACUGGUGGGCACUUGGUGUACUGAUGUUUGAAAUGAUGGCGGGCCGGUCGCCAUUUGAUAUUGUUGGCAGUUCUGACAAUCCUGAUCAGAACACAGAAGAUUAUCUUUUCCAAGUAAUUUUGGAAAAACAGAUCCGAAUUCCCCGAUCCCUUUCUGUUAAAGCAGCAGGUGUUCUAAAGAGUUUCCUUAAUAAGGAUCCAAAGGAACGUUUGGGCUGCCAUCCUCAAACGGGAUUUGCAGAUAUCCAGGGACAUCCCUUCUUUCGCAACGUUGAUUGGGAUCUGAUGGAGCAAAAGCAAGUGGUGCCUCCGUUUAAACCAAAUAUAUCUGGAGAAUUUGGUCUGGAUAACUUUGAUUCCCAAUUCACCAAUGAACCUGUGCAGCUCACUCCAGAUGAUGAUGACAUUGUGAAGAAGAUUGACCAGUCUGAAUUUGAAGGCUUUGAAUAUAUAAAUCCUCUUUUGAUGUCAGCUGAGGAAUGUGUCUGAAUUCUCCAUUUCUGGACUGUGCCAGUUGUUACUCUGUUUAUUUCUGCAUGGAUAAACAUCUCUUCAUUUGGAUGCACUUGCAUAAAAUGAGUAACUGAACAUCUUACCCUUGCCACCUAGUGUGAAUUACUCACUAAUUUUCUUUUUGUAUUAAUUGUCGUCCAGGACAGUUGUUAACGCUGAAUCUUUGGCUGCCAGAUUUAAAAUGCUAAACUUUCCAACAGUCUUGCCAAACUUGAAUUUUAAUAUAGAAGUUGGUCUCUGGGGCUCCUGACUGAACAAUGGGGUCUGGCUGUAUAAUCUGCCAAUACAGCCUUCCAAUAAAGGAAAGUUGUUUCUUAUUGCUUUAAGAAUACAAAUUGCAUUAGGGGAUGUAAUAAAAUACCAUUAAAGGACUUCCAUUUUUCUAGCAAGACAAGUAAGACCUCAUGACUUCUGUAGUUCUAAAUCU